AUGGAAAAACAUCUUCAAGUUCAACAACAACAACAGUUGAAGCUACCGUCGGGGUUCAGGUUUCACCCGACGGAUGUGGAGAUCAUUACCACCUACCUAGUACCCAAGGUGCUAAAGAAACCCUUCGACACUAGGGCAGUUGGGGAGGUGGAUCUGAACAAACAUGACCCAUGGGAACUCCCCGAGAUGGCAAACAUGGGGGAGAAGGAGUGGUACUUCUUCUCCCAAAAGGACCACAAAUACCCCACUGGGAUACGGACCAACAGAGCCACAACCGCCGGCUACUGGAAGGCCACUGGAAAAGACAAGGAGAUCUUCCACCCGCCAACCAUGAGUCUCAUCGGCACGAAGAAGACACUAGUCUUCUACAAGGGCAGGGCACACAAGGGGGAGAAGACCAACUGGAUCAUGCAUGAGUACAGGCUCGAGAGAGGCAAGCAGCCGGCACCCAACCUGCCCACUGACAUCACCAACACAUCCACCAUUAAUGCAUCUUCCAAGGAGGAAUAUGUGGUUUGUAGGAUCUUCCAUAAGAGCAUUGGACUCAAGAAGGUGGUUAUGUCAUCGUUCGCCAUGCCCAUGCCCAUGGUAGUAGAGCGGCAGCAUGGCUUCCUCGAAUCCAUUACAUUGCCUCCCCUCAUGGACUACAAUGCAUCAUCAUCAUUGGCGCCACCGUUGUCAGUGACUGCAUCUUCUUUGUACCAGCUACAAGCCACCGGGGCUAGCUUGUCGAUGAUGGAAGGUGUGUUUCUCCCAAUGAUGAAUGGCCACUACUUUGGUAACCACCACCACCACCAAAUGAUGGCCGUCCCACCAAAGCCGUCGAUACCAUUCUACCACCACCAGCAGCAGGAGCAACAACAACACCAGAUGAUGCAGAUGAUGUCGAUGGAUAUGAUUGUAGACCAGGGCUUUAUGGUCAGGGUCGAGCCUAGGAGCGAACCAUCAUCCAUAGUGUUGCAGGAGGAUUUCCUAAUUGCGUUAAGCAAAAAUGACCCAGGCAACGACACCACAACAACAUCUGACGAGAUCAUGUCAAUGAAUAUGGGGAUGGAUGGCAUGUGGAAGUAUUGA